AUGUCCAACCGCCAUCUCUUCGAGUCCCUGGACGGACUCGUCAACAAGUGUCUCCGGGGCCUCAUCGCCUAUAACCCCUCUCUUGCCCUAGACGAGGCCAACCGGGUAGUAUACGACACCACCUACAGCAAAGCCAACGUCUCUAUCAUCAGUGGCGGAGGUUCUGGCCACGAACCGGCAUGGUCGGGCUACGUUGGUGAGAAUCUCCUUGCUGCCUCCGUCGCCGGUGACAUAUUCGCAUCCCCGAGUACCAAGCAGAUCCUAGCUGCCAUCGAUGCUGUUCCCUCGGAAAAGGGGACCAUCUUGGUCGUCACAAACUACACGGGCGACUGCCUGCACUUUGGCCUCGCAAACGAGAAAGCCGUUGCCAAAGGUCACAAGUGCAGGAUGAUCAUCUGCGGUGACGACGUGUCAGUCGGGCGAAAGGGAAGCCUGGUUGGAAGACGUGGUUUGGCGGGACAGCUGGGCGUCUUGAAGGUCAUGGGCGGUGCUUCGGGCGCCGGCGGAACUCUUGACCAGGUAUACGACCUCGGAGUCGCCUUCUCGCAGCAGGUUGUCUCCAUUGCCGCCACUCUCGACCACUGCCACGUCCCCGGACGAGCGGAACAUGGUGCCCUGGCAAAUGACGCGUUGGAGAUCGGAACUGGUCCUCACAACGAGCCCGGCUACUGGAAGCUAUCGCCCGUGCCUUCGCCACAGGAUCUGGUGAAGCAGCUCUUGACGUAUCUCCUGGAUGAGAAUGACGCGGAAAGGGGUUAUGUCAAGUUCAACGACGGCGACGAGGUCAUGCUUCUUGUGAGCAACUUUGGUGGUAUGUCUCACCUCGAGAUGGGCGCCCUAUCCGAUGAACUCCUCGAACAGCUAGCAACAAAUUGGAAGAUCGACCCCGUGCGCGUGUGCUCUGGCUUCCUCGAGACAUCGCUCAACGCUCCCGCCUUUUCCAUCUCUGUCAUCAACGUCACCACGGCCGCCCGCAAUUGCUCGUACUCGGCCGAGGAGAUCAAGGCCUUCUUCGAUGCCAGGACCAAUACCCACUGGGAGUCCAUGGCAGGCUCCCGGGCGCAGAGACGGUCCCGAGCAGACCAGUUCGUGCAGCUGCCACAGGAGCCUCGAGUGGCUUUAGACGAUGGCAAAGAUCUGAAGGUCGACCCGGUUCUCCUUGAGCAGAUGCUGCGCGGAGCUUGUCAAAAUCUGAUAGAGGCUGAAUCAGAUCUGACCAGAUGGGAUACGGAGAUGGGUGAUGGCGACUGCGGAGAGACUCUCAAGACUGGCGCAACCUGCUUGAUAGCCGCCUUGGACUCGAAACACAUUGCCGACAAGGGCUCGGUCGGUACAGUGCUCCAGGAACUUGAGGAGAUUCUAGAAGGCAAGAUGGGCGGCACACUCGGAGGGAUCCUCGGCAUCUUCUUCGUGUCCAUGCGGAAUGCCCUGGAGGAUAACGUCGACCUCGCUAGUAGCGAGGGCGUCCCCGAGCUCUGGGCCAAGGCUGUGAAAAUCGCGUUGGAUAAUCUAGGCCGCUACACUCCGGCGAAGGUUGGAGACCGCACGGUCAUGGAUACCCUGAUCCCGUUCGCGGAGGGGCUGAAGACGGGGAAUUUCGAGGACGGGGUGAAGGCUGCGGUCAAGGGAGCAGAGUCGACGAGGACGCUCAAGCCGAAAUUGGGCAGGGCUACGUAUGUCGCGGCUGGUGAGGAUGCCAGCAAAGGCCUGCCUCCUGACCCGGGUGCUUGGGGUGCUAUGGUGGCUAUUAAGGGGUUGCAGUCUGGUAUGUCAUAG